GUAAUAUUGUCAACAAAAUGAAUAUAUUAAUUCUAUUAGUUAUUUUAGUUUUUACCUAUUUUUUAUUUAGAAAUAGUUCAAGAAUCAGUAAAAUUAAUUCUAAAAUACCGGGUCCGAUAGGUUUACCGAUAUUAGGACAUUGUAUGUUUAUGGGUGGGGAUCUUCAUUUGCAAUUUCAAAAAUGGUUUAAAAAAUAUGGUAAUGUCUUUAGAAUCAGAGUUGGUAUUUACGAAACAGUUGUAAUAACUGGUUAUCCCACUUUAAGAAAGGCUUUUAUCGAAAAUUCUGAAAUUUUCGAAAAAAGAUGGCAACCAAAUAGUAGAACUCUUUUAAAUAAAUGUGAAGAGGUGGUAUGGGAAAAUGGAGAAAGACACAAAAUUUUAAAGCGUAUUGUACUUAGUGAAAUGACAACAGUAAGAAUUAAGAGAAUGGAAGAUCAUAUUGUACAAGAGUGUAAAAAAUUAAUUAAGCUAUUUGACGACCAUGCAGAAGACGGAAAGCCAUUUGAAAUCAACAACUAUCUCCAUAUGUUUUCAUUAAACAUUAUACUUAGAUUCCUCUUUGGUGUAGACUAUCCAUAUGAUAAGGUUUCCCACUCUGAAGGAAUUAUCAAAGCAAUUUCAGACUUUCUUGUUGUAGCAGGUAAUCCACUUAUUUACGACUUUGUUCCAAUUUUUACAAAAAAAGAAUCAAAAGAUAUUAAGCACCCUUAUUUCGUCACCUUUAAUAGACUUAUCACAGAAACCGAUAAUUUAAUAAAGAAAUACCAAAGAGAUAAUGAAGCUAAUCUAGAUUCGAAAGAAAAUGGAAAUAUAAUUACUGGUUUACUUAAAGAGUAUGAAAAAGGUUCAAUAACAUGGGGUAAUGUGGUCAACACCUCAAUUGAUAUGAUUGUAGCUGGUAGUGAUACAAGUGCAAAUACUGUUAUUUUUGGCCUAAUCUCUUUAUCUAACCAUCCAGAAAUUCAAACCAAGUUACAUAAAAGCAUUGUGUCUACAGUUUCACCAAAUGAAGAUGUAAUUACCCACAGUAAAUAUAGUCAAAUUCUUCCAUAUCUAUCAAUGGUAAUGAAGGAAACUUUUAGAAAAUUCCCAAGUACACUUUUAGGAAUAUCACAUGAAACAACUCAAGAUAUUGAAAUAGAAGGUCAUAAAAUCGCUGCUGGCACCCAAAUAUUUCAAAAUAUUUAUUCAUCACAUAGAAGUGAAGAGUUUUUCCCAAAACCUGAUGAAUUUAUUCCAGAAAGAUUUAAUGAAGGUUCCAAUUUGUAUUAUGGAAGUCAAACAAAUUUAUUGCAUUUUGGUUGUGGUGUAAGAGAUUGCAGUGGUAAAUCUUUAGCAACAUGUGAAAUCUUUACAAUUUUAGCAACCUUAGCAAAUAGAUAUGAAUUUAUUAACCCAAAUCCCAAUACUCCAUUAAUUGAUUAUGGUACUUUUGGUUUAACCUAUCAAACUCCAUCAACUCAUCUUAUAAUUAAAAAAAGAUAAAAAAAUUUUAAACAACAUUUCUUAAAUCGAUUAAAAGUUUUUUUAUUAAUACAUUUAAUUUAAAUAAAUAAAUAAAUUUUAUUUGAUUAU